AUGGGUGGUGAGAUACUAAAGAGAAAAUGGAAUAAGUACUUUGCGUAUACGGGAGAUGUGGCUAAUUACAACAUUGAGUAUGAAGACUUCGAGUAUGCUAAACAUGGUGCACUAGUAAGUGCGUCCUUUGCCACAAUGGUGUUGAAGAAUGGCAAGAAGUUCCCAAAGUCCGUGUGCAAGUCUGCAGUUUCGAAUAUGCUAAUUAACGGUGUUGUGAAUAAGUACUUCAUUGAAGAGUAUAAACCAUUCUGGUUGUUUAGCUAUUCAAUUUUAAACAUUCCUCAAAAAAAUUUUGGAUCAUCAUUACAAAAUUUUUCCUAUCUUGAAUACCCAAUGUUAUUAGCAUCUUGUUUAAGGGAUGAUAGUUCAUACAAGAAAAUCAUGCGAACAGGACAGUGUGACUUUGAUGUUGCCAGAUUUGCUCUUUACCUUGGAAGAAUGGACAUUUUUGACGACCAAUUAAAAGCUGCAAAAAAGAGAGGAAAUUUUUUGAAACACUUGGAUUUUGAGAAAGAGGAAGUAAUAAUGUCGGAUUUUCCUUUAGUUCCCAUCGAGGAUAUUUACGAACCGUUUGGAGACCAUCACCCAUUAUUGAAGUAUGAAGAAUUAAGCGUAACAGAUAUGUUGAAUUCCGAACAAGAAAGAGGAAGUGCUUAA